AUGGAAUCUUAUGGAGGGAAGAUCGGCAUUCAUAAAAAAUAUAUAACAAAAUGCUCAUAUAGUGGAAUGGCCCCCAAGGGAGAGAAGUACAUAGUUGUCAUACUGAAUAAAAUAGACGUCUACCAGCUCAACACCGUGUCUGUUAGUGGCACCAUCACAAAUGAAAAGAGAAUUUCUUCUGUCACAUUUCUUUCAGACUCUGUCCUGGCAGUGGCUGGAGAUGAAGAAAUUAUCAGGUUUUUUGACUGUGAUUCGCUAUCAUGCCUCUCUGAAUUUAAAGCUCAUGAAAACAGGGUAAAAGACAUGUUCAGUUUUGAAACUCCAGAGCAUCAUGUUGUUGUUACAGCAUCGAGUGAUGGCUUCAUCAAAAUGUGGAAGCUAAAGCAGGAUAAGAAAGCACCCCCGUCUUUACUCUGUGAAGUGAACACCAGUGCCAGGCUGACCUGUCUUGGAGUGUGGCUGGACACUGUGAUGGAAGCUAAAGAAAACCUGCCUCCAGCAACAGAGCCGUCUCCUGGUAAAGAAGAACAGUCCAAAAUCAACAAAAAGGAACCUGGUGAUGUAGUGCAGGAAGGAGCAGCACAAGCAAAACCUCUCGUAAAGAAACGUGGUUUAACUGGUAACUGA